AUGGCAUCAAAAGACUGUCGACUCUCCUUCCAGGAGAUCAUGGAGCUGACCGAGCUGCCGGUCGAUGCCGAGGCGGCCCAGCGCGGCGUGGUUCGUCGCUUCAUGAGCCGACGGCCGGCCUGGCUUCCCGGCUCCGACAUUGAGCGCAUAGAGGAGCUCUGCGGCGAGGGCAAGCCGUUCUGGCACGCCCCACUGGCCAGCUUCGGGGGCCACGUCUACGCACAGUCGGGCAUGGCCGCUGCUCGCGUCGUCGAUGCCGAGGAGAAGGCAGGGCCGAGCGAUGAGAGGCAGCGGAGGCGAGGGGUGCAUACGGUACACGGAUACUUCACCACCUUUGUCUUUAGCGACAGGCCCAUCUUUUACGAGGUCUCGCCCAUAACAAACGCCCAGUUCUCCUUCAAAACCUACCUGGUCACGGCACGGCAGCCGACCGAGACCUCGUCCAGGCCGCCCCGCCACGGCUGGGACUGCCCCGGCGGCAACAACAGCUACCGCUUCCCCGACAAGGACGCCAAACGCCAGCGCUGGUCCGACCUCAAGCCCAUCUGCUUCUCCGCCACCGUUUCCUUCAAGCUGCCCGAGCCGCACGCCGCCGGCGUCAGCGAGCAGGAGGAGUCGGCGCAGCGGCGCUUCUCCUUCAUCCUGGCCCUCCGUCGACCAGAGGACUGGCUCCCUGCGCCCCGGCUGGACGUCGACGACGUGGUGGCGGCGCUGGAGAGACGAGGGGACGUCGACUGUCAGCGUCGGAAAAAGGUCGACAUGACUGCGUACAACGCGGGCAGGCCCCUGUUUGAACAGCGCCAGCUGAUCUUGUACCGGAUCCUCCGACCCCUGCAGGGCACCGACGCCGUCAACGACAACGCCCACGCGCUGGUGCACGCCUACGAGGCCGACCGCAACGGCCUGCUCAUGGCCUGGAAUGCCAUCAAAUUCAACUCUCGCAUGAAGAUGGUGACGUCCAUGAGCUACUCGUUUGUGGUCCACACCAACCUCCAAGACGCCAUCAUGCGACACGAGAGCCAGACCCUAGAUGGAAAGUCCGAGUGGUGGCUUCAAGAGGUCUUCUACACGCGAGCCGCCAAUGGGAGGGUUCUCAUGGAAGCCAAGAUAUGGAGUCCACAUGGUGUGCACGUUGCCACGAUUUACCAGGAUGGUAUGGUUAGAGCUGAAUCCGAUGAUACUGACACGGCUAGGCAAGUUAGACUUUAA